AGCUUGAGUUCAGCACAGAUCGGGCUUUAUUACUCAGCCGACCAUUGCAGUGAGCAGUCAGAAGCCCGUCGUGUCUCUACCCGAGGCCGGAUGGUAAAAUCCAACCUCCAGCGGAUCUUAAACAGUCAUUGCUUUGCUCGCGAGAAAGAAGGAAAACCACAGUGCUAUACUACCAUGGCGGAUUUAAGUAAUAGUAUUUGUGACAUGAUUGGCAAUCUUUCCCUGCACUGUAGUAGUUCCCGUGGUCCYGGGCCUCUGUGGUGCUCCGAUGCCCCUCUCCCACCCCUGAAGAUCCCAGGUGGGCGAGGUAAUGGUCAACGGGAUCACACUUCUUCAUCUCGGCCGCUCGACUCCAACUUGACGGUGACAGCGGAGCCGGCGGGGAACGGUCGCCCCGGGAUACUCCACUUCCAGAGCCGCCUCACUGUUUCCAGGGUGAUCAACUGGGACGCGGUGCUGAGUGGGAAUGCUCUGUAUGUGGAGAUACCCAUAGACCCCCUCCCCGAGGGCAGCAAGGAGAGUUUUGCGGCUCUUUUGGAGUAUGCAGAAGAACAUCUUAAAGUUGACCGCGUGUUCGUCUGCUUUUACAAGAACAGAGAUGAUCGUGCUAAACUUGUGCGCACAUUCAGCUUUCUGGGCUUUGAGAUAGUGAAACCGGGCCAUGCCGUUGUCCCGCCUCGACCUGACGUUUUCUUCAUGGCCUACAACUUCGACAGGGACUCUUCCUCCGACGAGGAUUAGCUCUGACCCCUGUGGGGUGUUCCAGGAAGCAGAAUCAUCAUYUUAGCCAGUUAACUUUGAUAAGCAGUCAAUCUCGUGAUUUUUAGAAAGCUUAACUUCAAUAUGGGUUUGUUGGUUGUUAAGUCAGUCAUACAAAGUCUAUAUUUCUAGGAAUGGUUAAAUUAAUUCAGAAUGUUUAGUUAUGACAGUUGGAUGUCUAAGUAACACAUUGAUCCUGCUUUCUGGAAGAGCCCUCUGAGCCCUGCCUAGCCUGCAUCCCAAAUAAAGAAAACUGUGCUGUUUUCGCUAUUGUCUCACUAACAGUUUCAAUGAAGAGAUGGUUCAGUCAGACUGAAGUCUGAAAGCCAGACUGUGAUGACCACAAUUGUGAAGUGAAGCAGUUGUGAAAGGGAGCAAUUUCAGUUUGGAUCCAGGCUAACUCCUGCCCCCAUCCCUGCCCAACGUCCUACCCUCUCCUGUACCCCAGCCAAUCGACCACCUGACCCGAGUGCUUACAGCCUUCCAUGCUUUGUGUCAAAGGAAGCGGAUGAUUAGUUUAGAUAUGUGUCCCCUAGUUUCACAGCUCGCCUGAUAUUUAUCCCUUUGUUAAAMUCUUCAGUUCGGUUUCCUUGGUAUUUUGUUCCAACACUUCAGAGGGAACCAUGUUUUUUAAGGACUUUGAGCACAUUGCAAUUCUGUUGUCAUCAAUCAAUUGUCUAUUGCUAUUUUUUGUUCUUUAUUCUUGUUGCUAAAAAGAUGGAGGACUCGUCGUUAUUUCUUAAAUGUACAAAAACAGGUUGUCAGGAUUACACUUGGGUACUCCAACUUUUAAUUUGAUUGGCUAAGAUAUACCUUACUUAUAGUCAUUGAAAUAAAAGCAUACGCUUUUAUUUAAUUGGCUAUAUUCAAUAUAAUCUUUUUAUUUCAUUGUCUAAGAUUAAAACAAAAAAACAAUGUCAGCCCCACCUUUAAUCUGACAAUUGUUUAGAUGUAAAGGCACUCAAUCUUCUGAAAAUGUUGUAAUGGUGUGUGUGUAAACAUUACUUUUGAGCAAAAUCUGCCCUGAUAUUGGUACUUCGUGGCUGGAUAAUAGCUCUUUAGACUAGAAGUGUGUGUUGGAGAGCACAGGUGAAUGCUGUUUUGUGUGACUGGUUUGGAUGCAUUUGUGAUAAAUAUGUAAUAUGAUGGGUGAAUUGGUACAAAGCUAUAAAAAAAAAAGAGGGGAGGGGGGGAAUCCAAAGUGCUUUUGCUUUUCUGUCUCUAUACCUGAACAUUAUUGUAGAGCGUUGUUUGGAUACAUGUGGUGUCUGAUGGGAUAUUUGGACUUGCAUUCCUUUUAACUUUUUUUUUUUUUAAAUUCAAAAUAGUUUAUAAGUUUGAUGUGCAUCUUGCAUAGUGGUACCUAUUGUGCUUCUGUGACAAUAAAAUUAAGAAAAAUGCAA